CGCCAGAGGUACCAGAAUCUGGAUAAAAACAUUGAUGGAUUUUGGAGUCAAAACAAGUAGACAAUUGUCAAGAUAAUAAAUAAAUAUAAUAGUUAAAUUUUCUUUAAUAAUUGAAGUAAUAAAAAUAAAGUUAUAAUGCCGUACGCUAAUCAACCUUCAGUGCAUAUUUCGGACUUGACUGAAGAAAAUGUCAAAUUUCAAGUGGAGGAUACAGAACUCAGUGUUGCGAAUAGCAUGCGCCGAGUAUUUAUCGCGGAAACACCAACAUUGGCCAUUGACUGGAUCCAACUGGAGGCAAACUCAACUGUCCUGAGUGACGAGUUCCUCGCCCACCGUAUCGGUAUGAUCCCUUUGAUCAGCGACGAGGUAGUCGACAAACUCCAGUACACCCGAGAUUGCUCCUGUCAGGAUUUCUGCCCAGAGUGCAGCGUGGAAUUUACUCUAGACGUCAAGUGUACUGAGGAUUCCACCCGGCAUGUAUCGACAGCAGAUUUGAAGUCCAGUGAUCCCAGAGUUAUGCCGGUUACUUCUAAGCACCGUGAGGAUGACGCUAAUGAGUAUGGAGAAACAGACGAAAUCUUGAUAGUAAAAUUAAGAAAAGGACAAGAGUUGAAAUUAAGAGCUUACGCUAAAAAAGGAUUUGGUAAGGAACACGCUAAAUGGAACCCUACUGCUGGAGUUUGUUUUGAAUACGAUCCAGAUAAUUCAAUGCGUCAUACUUUGUAUCCGAUUCCUAGCGAAUGGCCUAAAUCUGAGUACAGUGAACUCGAGGAAGAUCAAUUCGAAGCUCCAUUCAACUGGGAAGCCAAGCCGAAUAAAUAUUUCUUCAACGUCGAAAGCAGCGGAGCCCUGAAGCCUGAAAACAUCGUCAUGAUGGGAAUAGCAGCUCUGAAGAAUAAAUUAUCUAAUUUGCAAACUCAAUUAAGUCACGAAGUCCAAAACGACGCGCUCAGCAUUCAUCAUUAAUAUAAUAAAACAAAAUAAUCUUUUUGCUGGAAAAUUAAAAAAUAUAAUAAAAAAUUGUUUUUGUAUGAAAGAACAAAUCUAGUAACUUUCACCA